GCUGGCCCCCGAGAGGAUACUCCCCAAGUCCCCAGCUGGGGGCCCCGCGUAGACCUGGAGUGGACACCCCCUCCUUCCCUUCAUGAUUCGUGUGUAGCGCAGUGGCGAUGGAUGAUGAGGAUGGGAGAUGCUUACUAGACGUGAUUUGUGAUCCUCAGGCCCUCAAUGAUUUUUUACAUGGAUCCGAAAAGCUCGACAGUGAUGACCUCCUGGAUAACCCUGGGGAGGCCCAAAGUGCCUUCUACGAAGGUCCUGGGCUCCAUGUCCAAGAAGCUUCCGGCAACCACUUGAACCCAGAGCCCAGCCAGCCAGCGCCCAGCGUGGACCUCGACUUCCUGGAAGAUGACAUCCUGGGCUCGCCCUCGGCAGGGGGCGGCGGUGGGGGCGGCGGGGGUGCCGACCAGCCCUGUGACAUCCUCCAGCAGAGCCUCCAAGAGGCCAACAUCACCGAGCAGACGCUUGAGGCCGAGGCUGAGCUGGACCUGGGCCCCUUCCAGCUGCCCACCCUGCAGCCGGCAGAUGGCGGGGCAGGCCCAGCGGGCGCAGGAGGGGCAGCUGCCGUGGCUGCGGGGCCACAGGCCCUCUUCCCAGGCGGUACCGACCUGCUGGGGCUGCAGGCGCCACCCACUGUGCUGGCCCACCAGGCCCUGGUGCCACCCCAGGACGUAGUCAACAAGGCCUUGAGUGUGCAGCCGUUCCUGCAGCCCGUGGGCCUGGGAAACGUGACCCUGCAGCCCAUCCCAGGCCUCCAAGGCCUGCCCAAUGGUAGCCCUGGGGGUGCCGCAGCAGCCACACUCGGCCUGGCGCCCAUCCAGGUGGUGGGCCAGCCCGUCAUGGCGCUCAAUCCGCCUGCCUCCCAGCUCCUGGCCAAGCAGGUGCCUGUCAGCGGCUACCUGGCCUCGGCGGCCGGCCCCUCAGAGCCGGUAACCCUGGCAUCGGCUGGUGUCUCACCCCAGGGAGCCGGCCUGGUGAUUCAAAAGAACCUGCCCGCCGCCGUCGCCACCACACUCAACGGGAACUCUGUGUUUGGAGGGGCAGGGGCUGCCACAGCCGCAGCCGGCGGGGCACCCUCGGGGCAGCCGCUGGCGGUGACCCCCGGCCUGGGCGCUUCGCCACUGGUACCGGCGCCCAGCGUGAUCCUACACCGCACGCCCACGCCCAUCCAGCCCAAGCCUGCCGGCGUGCUGCCCCCCAAGCUCUACCAGCUGACACCCAAGCCCUUCGCGCCAGCGGGCGCCACACUGACCAUCCAGGGUGAGGCGGGGGGCCUCCCGCAGCAGCCCAAGGCCCCCCAGAACCUGACUUUCAUGACCGCGGGCAAGGCGGGCCAGAAUGUGGUUCUGUCGGGCUUCCCAGCGCCUGCCCUGCAGGCAAAUGUCUUCAAGCAGCCCCCUGCCACCACAACGGGGGCUGCCCCGCCUCAGCCGCCUGGGGCCCUGAGCAAGCCCAUGAGCGUUCACCUCCUGAACCAAGGCAGCAGCAUUGUCAUCCCCGCCCAGCACAUGCUGCCCGGCCAGAACCAGUUCCUGCUGCCUGGCACAUCGGCUGUCCAGCUGCCCCAGCCGCUAUCCGCCCUGCCGGCCAAUGUGGGUGGGCAGAUACUGGCGGCUGCGGCUCCCCAUGCGGGCGGACAGCUCAUCGCCAAUCCCAUCCUCACCAACCAGAACCUGGCCGGCCCCCUGAGCCUGGGGCCCGUGCUGGCCCCCCACUCCGGGGCCCACAGCACUGCUCACAUCCUCUCAGCCGCCCCCAUCCAGGUGGGCCAGCCAGCGCUCUUCCAGAUGCCUGUGUCUUUGGCCGCCGGCAGCCUGCCCACCCAGAGCCAGCCGGCCCCUGCGGGCCCUGCAGCCACCACCGUCCUCCAGGGCGUCACUCUGCCGCCUAGCGCUGUGGCCAUGCUCAACACCCCUGAUGGCCUGGUGCAGCCAGCCACCCCUGCCGCUGCCCCCGGGGAGGCCGCAUCCGUCCUUGCGGUACAGACGGCCCCCCAGGCAGCCCCCACCGUCAGCACGUCACUGCCUCUGGGCCUCCAACAGCCUCAGGCGCAGCAGCAGCCCCAACAGGCCCCAACCCCGCAGGCCGCCGCUCCACCUCAGGCCACCACCCCCCAGCCCAGCCCGGGCCUGGCAUCCAGCCCUGAGAAGAUUGUCCUGGGGCAGCCGCCCGCUGCCGCCUCCACAGCCAUCCUCACUCAGGACUCCAUGCAGAUGUUCCUGCCCCAGGAGAGGAGCCAGCAGCCCCUCCCCGCAGAGGGCCCCCACCUCUCUGUGCCCGCCUCAGUCAUAGUCAGCGCCCCGCCUCCUACCCAAGACCCAGCCCCGGUCACCCCCGUCGCCAAAGGAGCAGGCCUCGGCCCUCAGGCCCCCGACAGCCAGGCUUCCCCGGCUCCGGCCCCCCAGCUGGCAGGGCCCCCCACUGUGCCACUGCUGCCUGCUUUCUUGCUGCUGCCCCCACCCUACAGGGCUGCCUUCAUGGGGCAGGGGAUUGGGGAGGAGGAUGGAAAGGCAGGGCAGGAGAGGGGCUCUACAGCUGUGGGCUCCUCCUCCGAGACCCCCACGCCGCCCGACUUCCGGCUUCAGUUCCCACCCGGCCAGGGGCCCCACAAGCCCCCCAGUCCCCCAGCGACCCUCCAUCUAGUCCCUGAGCCGGCGCCUCCCCCACCGCCUCCUCGGACCUUCCAGAUGGUGACUGCCCCCUUCCCGGCGCUGCCCCAGCCGAAGGCUCUUCUCGAGAGAUUUCACCAGGUGCCGUCCGGAAUCAUUCUCCAGAACAAGGCCGGGGGAACCCCUGCUGCCCCACAGACCUCCGUCAGCCUGGGGCCCCUCUCCAGCCCCACUGCCUCUGUGCUGGUCAGCGGGCAGGCCCCAUCCGGGACCCCUGCCACCCCCAGCCAUGCCCCUGCCCCGGCACCCAUGGCCACCGCAGGCCUCCCUCCUCUGCUUCCUGCCGAAGGCAAAGCCUUUGCCAACAACCUCCCGACCCUGAGUGUGGCCAAGGCCGCCCCAUCUGGGCCAGGGAAGUCCUCCGGGCUGCAGUAUGAGAGCAAGUUGAGCAGCCUGAAGAAGCCACUCACGCUUCAGCCCAGCAAGGAAGCCUGUUUCCUGGAGCAUUUGCACAAACAUCAAGGCUCCGUCCUGCACCCUGACUACAAGACAGCCUUCCCCUCCUUCGAGGACGCCCUCCAUCGCCUCCUGCCCUACCACGUCUACCAGGGCGCCCUUCCCUCCCCCAACGAGUACCACAAAGUGGACGAGGAGUUUGAGACGGUCUCCACGCAGCUAUUGAAACGCACCCAGGCCAUGCUGAACAAAUACCGCCUCCUGCUUCUGGAGGAGUCCCGGCGGGUGAGCCCCUCAGCAGAGAUGGUGAUGAUCGACCGCAUGUUUAUUCAGGAGGAGAAGACCACCCUUGCCUUGGAUAAGCAGUUAGCCAAGGAGAAGCCGGAUGAGUAUGUAUCUUCCUCCCGCUCUCUCGGCCUCCCGUUCGCAGCCACCUCUUCCGAGGGUCACCGGCUCCCGGGCCACGGCCCACCCUCCUCCUCCACGUCCGGGGCCUCGGCCCAGCCCCCUCCGCACCUGCCCACCAAGCUCGUGAUCCGACACGGUGGGGCUGGCGGCUCCCCGUCAGUGACCUGGGCACGGGCGUCGUCCUCCUUGUCUUCCUCGUCUUCCUCCUCAUCAUCGGCCACCUCGUCCCUGGAUGCCGAUGAGGACGGCCCCAUGCCCUCCCGAAACCGCCCACCCAUCAAGACCUACGAAGCCCGCAGCCGCAUCGGCCUCAAGCUCAAGAUCAAGCAGGAGGCCGGGCUCAGCAAGGUCGUGCACAACACGGCCCUGGACCCCGUGCACCAGCCCCCGCCACCACCCCCCGCCGUGCUCAAGGCAGCCGACCCCCCACCCCGGCCCCCACCGCCACCCCCCAGCACCAGCCAGAUGAAUGGCACGGUGGACCACCCACCACCUGGCGCCCCUGACCGCAAGCCACCCACCCCGGCACCCCACUGCCCCCGCCUGCCUCUGCGGAAGACGUACCGGGAGAAUGUGGAGGCCCUGGGCAGUGGGGCCACGGAGGGGACCGUCCGGGCCCGGGGCAGUAGCCCGGCACCACCAGCCACCAAAGUGGAUGAGGCAACUAGCGGGCUCAUCCGCGAGCUGGCAGCAGUGGAGGAUGAGCUGUACCAGCGCAUGCUGAAGGGGCCGCUACCCGAGUCCCCAGCCGGGGCUGCGCAGGGCGGCAGCAGCGGGGACCCCAGCUGGGAGGCCCCCCCACUACCCCCAGCCAAACGGCGCAAGUCUGAGUCACCUGACGUGGACCAGGCCAGCUUCUCCAGUGACAGCCCGCAGGACGACACACUGACGGAGCACCUGCAGAGUGCCAUCGACAGCAUUCUGAACCUCCAGCAGGCCCCUGGCCGGACACCUGCGCCCCCGUACCCCCAUGCCACCUCCGCAGCCACCGCACCCGCCGCCACUGCCCCCGCGUCCCUGCACAGGCCCGACGCCUACCCGCCCUCCAGUCACAACGGCGGCCUCGGCACCAGGACGUUGAACAGAUAA